GUCCACAGGCAUGUCAUUGGAGCAACCACUGUAUUUCUCCUUGUAGGCUGACUUCGACGAGGCAGUUUGGCAAUAGUAACGAAUCAGAAUCUCAGGUUAGCUAUAAGCUGCGACUGAGCCUCGCUUGGCGCCUGGGCGACCGGCCGAUACCGGGAAGAGUGAUGAGCCGCAAGAAGAAGCACAUUUAACACCGCCAUCUCUGUCAAUUGCCUGCGAACAUCCACCAUGGAAUCUGAACGAUUAUCCCAACUGCGCCAGAAUGGCUUAUCAAGACCCGCCGCCACUCCAUUGCCAACACUCGCCAUGACCCUGUCAACCAAGGGCGCAAUAACCCCCAAAGAACCCGGCCCUGGACGGCCAGCCCCAGCGUGGAUUGUGAAGUUCACAGUCACAUAUCCCGCCAUCCCAAACACCAACAGGCCGCAGGAGCCCAUCAUCUUCAAGGCGUCCAGCGUGACCGACGUCUCCCGAUACCGGCUACAGUAUCUGCUCAACGGUGAAUGGCGAGACGCAGAGCUCGGUGUCGGCUGCAUGGCCGGCAUAGAUUUCUACGAGGAAUCCCCGUCCGAGAUGAACGUCGCUGAGAACUAUGGUACCUUCAGAGUCCUGUCUCCAGGCGAGGUCUGGGAGAGAUCCUUCUCUGUGUUUGGUCUUGAUUGGCAAUGCCCUGGUGAGAACACCGUCGGGCCCGGCGGUGAUGCUUUCCGGUUGCAGUAUAUGGGUGGUCCGUUGGAGUGGUGGGAUUAUGGGAGACGCGAGGAGCAUAAAGAGACGGUUGUCACGAUUAACGCGUUUGGGGAGGUUGUGAGUCUUAAGGACAAUGUUGGGAGGGAAAAGCUGGUGCUUCAGCGGUCGAAUGUCCUCGAAGCCAUUUGGAGCCACUCGGCGAGAAGAUGAGGCCAUCUAGAUUCUGUCUCUGCUGCGUAGAAUGCUGUCCCAUGACUACACCAGAAUAUACAUCUAACCGAGACAGAUAACUGUCCCGUAACACACUGCACACACCGUCAUGUUUGGUCCAAUAAACGUGACCCAUGAACCAUUUCCUUACAAUAGGACAAAAUUUCUAUCGCUUAUCGCGCGACAGGCACACUCAAUACAGCAAUUGUUCCCACGCACCACACCUCGAAACCCAGCAUCGUUACCAUUCAGCUGGUCCAGGCCGUCGAGCGCCAGCCAUCUCGCCGCGGCAUUUUCCGUGACGAAGAAGAACCAACCCUGUUCAGGCGGGCUUACACUGCCGGUA